UGUGCGCGAAAUUUAAUUUCCACAUAACGAAUUUAGUGCUGUGUCCAAAAGAAAGAAAGUGUUGAGUUGCAGCAGGUAAAAAGGCCAAACGUAAGGCAAAGCGCAUUUCGUUCAUCGAACGGCGAUAUCUAUUAGUUUUUCACUCAUUCGAAUUUUUAUUUGUUUAGAUGAAGUUGCAUUAGAAAUCACAAAUCAUCAUUUUCGAAAUUUGCCAAACAAAAAUUACUAAAAUUGUGAUUUGUGAUUUCUAAUGGAAAAUUUCAUUGUUCAACUGAAAUCGAUUCAGUUUUUCUUUUCAAACAUUUUCACGCUUGCUUAGUGAGUUUAAAAUCGGACCACUGCAAAUUCAAAAAACUCAGCGAACUCAGCGCAGUAAAUUUUUAAAGUUGAAGCUGAAGCUAAAGCGAAGUACUAGCGGGAUUGAAUAAACGUCGGAGUACACAGAGAAGAGGCUGCAGUAAAGCAUGGAUGUCAACGAAUAUCGGCGGCGGGGCAAAGAGAUGGUAGACUAUAUCGCCGACUAUUUGGAAAACAUUCGUGAUCGUCGCGUAUUUCCUGAUGUCAAGCCGGGUUAUAUGAAGAGUCUGCUGCCGGAAUUCGCGCCAAUUGAGGGUGAAAAUUGGGAUGCCAUAUUUGCUGAUGUGGAGCGGGUCAUUAUGCCGGGCAUCACACAUUGGCAAAGUCCAUAUAUGCAUGCCUACUUUCCAGCGCUCAAUUCGUUUCCUUCACUGCUGGGCGAUAUGUUGGCAGAUGCCAUCAAUUGCUUGGGUUUUACAUGGGCCAGUUCACCCGCCUGUACAGAACUCGAAGUGAUUGUCAUGAAUUGGCUAGGCAAAAUGAUUGGAUUGCCUGAUGAUUUCUUGCAUUUGCACAAUAAAAGUCCAGGCGGCGGUGUCAUACAGACGACUGCGAGUGAAUCUACGCUGGUGUGUCUGUUAGCGGGGCGUACACGUGCCAUACAACGCUUCCACGAACGACAUCCCGGCUUUCAAGAUGCGGAAAUCAAUGCGCGACUUGUUGCCUAUUGCUCCGAUCAGGCACACUCGAGCGUCGAGAAGGCAGCGCUUAUAGGUGGGUGGAGUAUAUUUUUAGAUUUUUUUUUAAUCAGCUUACGCGCUGACCGUAUUUACUGUUUGUCUGUGUAUGUACUUAUGUAUGUUUUUUUUCCUUUUACAGGACUGGUGCGUAUGCGUUUCAUUGAGGCCGAUGACAGUUUGGCUAUGCGUGGUAAAGCGUUGCGCGAGGCCAUCGAGGAUGACAUUAAGCAAGGGCUUGUGCCGUUUUGGGUUUGCGCCACCUUGGGAACUACAGGUUCAUGUUCUUUUGACAAUUUAGAAGAGAUCGGUAUAGUGUGUCGUGAUUUCAACAUCUGGCUGCAUGUGGAUUCCGCCUAUGCUGGCAGCGCUUUCAUUUGUCCUGAAUUUCGUACUUGGCUAAGAGGCAUCGAGCGUGCAGAUUCAAUCGCUUUCAAUCCAUCCAAGUGGUUGAUGGUACAUUUUGAUGCGACAGCAUUGUGGAUUAAGGACAGCACCGCCGUACAUCGCACUUUUAAUGUGGAGCCGCUCUAUUUGCAGCACGAAAAUUCGGGUGUCUCCAUUGAUUAUAUGCACUGGCAGAUACCGCUGAGUAGACGCUUUCGCGCCUUGAAAGUUUUCUUCGUUUUGCGCUCGUUCGGCAUCAAAGGCUUACAAAAGCAUAUACGUGAAGGUGUGCGAUUGGCGCAGAAAUUUGAAGCGUUGGUGCUGGCCGAUCACCGUUUUGAGAUACCAGCAAAACGUCACUUGGGCAUGGUGGUGUUUCGCAUCAAGGGUGAAAAUGAAAUCACCGAACGUCUUUUGAAGCGCUUAAAUCAUCGCGGUAAUCUUCACUGUAUACCGUCAUCGUUAAAGGGCAAAUAUGUUAUACGUUUUACGGUAACAUCUACUAACACAACUGUCGAUGACAUAGUAAAGGAUUGGAAUGAGAUAAGACGUGUAGCAUCUAUGAUACUUGAUGAGAUGAAUAUUACAAUAUCGAAUAGAAAUAAGGUUUACUUGAAAGAUGCUAAAGAGAAAAAUGAAGCUUUCGGCUCUAGUCUACUACUAUCAAAUUCACCACUCUCGCCGAAAAUCGUCAACGGUUCAUUUGCAGCCAUAUUCGAUGCAGAUGAAUUUUUGGCCAAAACUUAUGCCGGUGUGCGAAUUGCUCAUCAGGAAUCACCAUCGAUGCGGCGACGUGUACGCGGUAUUUUAAUGUCUGGCAAACAAUUCUCAUUGGACUCUCAUAUGGAUGUGGUUGUGCAGAGCUCUUUCGAUUCCGGUACCAAUAAUUCCAGUACCGAAGCAAAUGGCACGGCAUCACCAGUUAAGAAAAUUAAAAAUCCAAAUCCUAUAUGUGAGGAUAGUGAAGAGUCCACGGAAGAUUAUCCAACGGCUAGACGCAGCGCAACGCCGCCCGCCUACUCCACGACGAAGAUCGCAGCUGAAUAUCUAAGUCAACAUUCCAUCACCUCUCCCAGCACACCGCUACCAUCGCCACGACACAAAACUACCGCCACGCAAACAUCACAAAACCCCUAUAAACCGUUGCACGCUACUGUGGAUGCAGUUUCCGAUGAGAUAGCCGACGAUUUGUCCUCUGACCGUAGUGCAUUGGAAAAAUCAAAUGCACAGUUAGUUGCUGCGACUUGCAAACUAUUCCUCGCCAACACACAACCAACACUCGCGCCAACCUCAUCAACUGCGCCAGCUUCGCUGCGUACCACACCAUCGCCGCCACCGCCACCGCCAGCAUCUGCCGCAGCGCAACCAAAUGUGGAUAACAACAAUUCCACACAACAAUUGCAAUCCCAAGCGCGUAUGUUCAUACGCGCGAAUACCAUGCAGGAAGUCUAUCAUGGCAAGCGCUACCUGGAGGCGGGUCUAGCUGUGGCACCCUACAACAAUUACUUUGCUAACACUAUAAUAAAUGCGGGAACACCAAGCGGUGGCGCCACACCGACCACACCUAGCAGCGCUGAUACACCUGACGCUGAGUCGCAAUGGACCGCGCUAUUUCACAGUUUCGAUACUGCACCUGCGGUUUCGGUGCGCAGCGCUAGCGCUAUACCAGCGCGUCUUACAAAUAUGGAGAGCGCUUCAAUGCGUUCCACUUCGACGCUACCCAGCAUCGAUGAAAGCGCAUCCGAAUGUAUGUCCAUAUCAACCGCGUCAACGCAAGCUGAGACGUGUAGUAUGCCAGCACAGCUGUUGUCCAAACGACAAAACGUACCACGAUUCUAUAGCGCGCCCACUGGUCGAGCGACCGCGAUGGCAACGACGACGACGCCGGCGAUGCUAGUGGGGUCGGCCGCAGCUACGUUGGCUUCAUUUGCCGCGAAUGCUGCAACGCUCUCUGAAGACGAAACGGAUGCGGAUGCGUGGCAGGUGGCGUGUUGUGGCAGCUCGGAAGAAUACUCCAUCACAUCAUCGGGUGUACAGUCGCGUUCCUCGUCGUUAGAUCUAGGCUGAUUUUGGUUGGACGCUUGCUCGGAAGUGAGUGAAGAGAGGGAGUGAUAGAUAAGAAGUUGAUUUAAAUUAGGAUUGUUAAAUAUAGCGCAUAGUUAUAGUGUAUACAUACAUUCUAUUAUUGUAUUUGGUAAAGUUUGCUGUUGACUUUGGACGGAACUUAAGGAAAGAUGUAUGUAAACAUUAGGCAAAAAUGGAAUGGAAUUUUAAGAAAAUAUAUAAAAAAUGCUAUUUCUUUAAUGAAAUUUAAAGAAUUGUGAAUAUUUAUGUAUGUGAUCGUAUUAUUUUUUUGGUAUGAAUCGAAAAUUUGGGACUUGCAAAAAAAUAAUCUCAAUAUUUUCGAUUCGUACAAUUUAGUCCUAUCUGGAUUUUUAUUUUUAUAGCUCAAUAUUCUUUUAACUUUAUUUCAAUUUUAGUUUACGUAAAUGGUAUUUAAUUCUACUUAUUUUAAUUAAUUUUAUUUAGUCUAGUUAAAUUUUUCAUUUUAAUUAAUUUAAUUUUUUUUAUUUUAUAAAAAUCUAUAAGAAGAUAUUCGUAUUUAAAAGGUUACAUACAUUUGUAUUGGAAGGGUGGAAAAUCUUCUGCUGUGCUAGCAAUAAAUAAUUUGGAAAAUCUACAUUAAUCGUAGCAAAAAAACGCAAAAAAAAAAUACUUCAAUGUUAAACUAAUUCAAUUUCUGUUUAUGUCUAUACAAAUAAAUAUUACGCUGAAAACGUAUAAUUCUUGAAUAAAGAGUAUAUCUAAAUAUAUAACUUUGAAAAAUAUUUCAAUCCAAUUCCGGUAAAGGACUCGAUGGCAUUAACACUUAACGAAGAAUAUCUUAUAACAAGUGUUAAUGCUAAAUAUAUACUUAAAUAAUCACUAUAUUAUACUCUAUAUACAUACAUACAUAUUUAUUAAUUGUUGUAUGAAAAUACAUACUAAAAUAUUCAGCAAUAUUCCCCAUAUAUUAUACACAUAUGUAAUCUAUAUAAAAUAUAUCUUAUCCCCCUAAAAGUGAAUAACAUUUAUGAAUAUUACUGGCAUAUAAAAUUUUUUUUUUCUAGAAAUCUAAUGCAACGAACAUCUUUGCGAAAUGAACACUGAUUAUUAGUUAAGAAUCUUAUGAAUCUAAAUACAUAAUAAACAUAUAUACAUAGUUGUAAGCAACAAAAACAUGUUCACUACUGCAUACAAAUAAAAAUAUUCAUAAAUCCAUAAGUAAAGUUAUAAAAACAUAUAAUUAUAAAUAGUCUGCAUGCUGCAUAGAUAUGUAUGUAUCCACGUUUACCAAAGAACUAAACUACAUACAUGUACAAAUAUGUAAAAAAAAUGCUAAAAAAAACUAGAAAAAAGCAAAAACAAACAAAAAAACAAUGCCAUUUUAGGCGUAUAAAAUCGUAUAAAAGAUUUUUUAGCUGUAAAAAAAUAGUUUGAGUAAAUACACAGCAGAAAGAUAUUAAAAAAAAAAAAUGAAAGCGACUUGUUAAAUAGUAAAAAUUUCAAAACCAAAAUGUUACAUGAUUUAAAAAUUUCAAAAUGAACAAGCCACACUUUUCUGAAUGUACUAAUAUUAUAAUCAAAGUCCAAAUACAUAUUUUCAAAAAACUGAAAUUGUGCUUUUAAAUGUAAUUGUGUAUAUGCUCUACCAAAACGCCAAAAAGAAUGUAAUUUGAAAAUUUCAUGAAAUAAAAGAAGAAUCUCUAUACAAAUACUUAGUAUGUCUAAAUUUGAAAAUAAAUGUAAAACUAAAUCAAAAA